GGCCAGCAUCAACAAGAACGAGCUGUAACAAGUGGCUCAGUUUCAGUUUGGUGCGGUGAAUGGUCGACGCUACACGUCUGUGCACAUAGUGUGUAGCUAAGUGGUGGAACGUCAAGAUGCCUUCAAUAGUGUCGGUGGUUCUGCAGUUGCUGCUAAUUGUUUCUACGGUGUAUGGAUAUAGUAUUGUUCGUGAUCAAGAUGAGAUUGAUGGAGUGCUGAACCUCAGUGACGUUGAUCAAACACUAGCAGAGGAAGAUAGCGGAGUGGCUGGCAGGAGCACUCCGAAAGAACAUCGAGCGUCGUUUGCCUAUCGGAAGCAACAACGCCAAAGCAAGCAACUCGAUCUAAAUGAACUUUCACGCAAACGACGUGCAACGGCAGGAACGACCAACGCCUCUUCCAAGGGCAAGGAAUGCCGCACUCGGGCCGGCGAAAAAGGACACUGUACGCGCUAUCAAAACUGCAAAGGGCCCGAGCUGAAGGACAACGUAUGGUCCAUCCUGCAGCAUCUGUGCAUCAUGGAGAACAUCGCGGUUGGUAUCUGCUGUCCGGAUGUGGUGCUGGAUGGCAACGGGCCCGAGUUCUCCGUCCGCUUACCGGCUACAGCCGAUUCGUACGAUGACGUCGAUGGGCUCGGUGAUGGACCGAUGGCGCGGGACGCGAUCGUUCGACCGGAAGAGCGUGGCUGUGGACUAUCGACAAAACAGCUGUCAAAGAUAGCCGGUGGACGACCGGCCGAUUCCAACGAGUGGCCCUGGAUGGUGGCACUCGUCAUGUCACGGGCUUCGUUCUGUGGCGGUGUGCUCAUCACGGAUCGUCACGUCCUCACGGCGGCCCACUGCGUGAUGAACCUGAAGCUGAACCAGUUUAUCGUACGACUCGGCGAGUACGACUUCAAGCAGUUUAACGAAACGCGCUACCGCGACUUCCGUGUGGCGGAGAUCCGCGCUCACGCCGACUUUGACCAGAUCAGCUACGAGAAUGAUAUCGCGAUGCUGAAGCUGAUACAACCAUCGUUCUUUAACUCGUACAUCUGGCCCAUCUGCAUGCCACCGCUCGAUGACAGCUGGAACGGGUAUCAGGCUGUCGUGACCGGCUGGGGUACGCAGUUCUUCGGCGGCCCGCAUUCACCCAUCCUGAUGGAGGUGAAGAUCCCGAUUUGGUCCAACCAGGAAUGUCAGGAGGUGUACGUGAACCGUAUCUACAAUACGACUCUGUGCGCGGGCGAGUACGAGGGAGGAAAGGACUCGUGCCAGGGUGAUAGUGGUGGACCGUUGAUGAUACAGCUGCCCAAUCGACGGUGGGCCGUGGUUGGUAUCGUAUCAUGGGGUAUUCGAUGCGGUGAAGCCAACCAUCCUGGUAUCUACACGCGGGUCAGCUCGUACGUACGAUGGAUCAUCGAAAAUGCUGUGUUCUAAAGGUCAAGUGGAAGAGCUUGGAGCUAUCUUGCUAAUUUCCUUGUUUCUAUCAAAUCAUUUGAUUAUUAACGAAUCGAAAUUCAUUUAAAGAAAAAUAUGUUAAUAAAUCUGUCAGAUGUGAUGAUUCGUA